AUUGGACUCUGGUUAUGCCUUGUGCAGUCAAAACUUUGUUACCUGAGGAAUCUUCCUCCCAAAAAACUAGUUUCUCUCAAAGAGGAGCAGUCAGAAAUGGGUGGAUACUUCAUUUUGAAUGGGCUUGAAAGAGUUGUUCGACUUCUGAUUUUGCCAAAGCGAAACUAUCCUACGAGUAUGGUACGAAAUUCAUUUCGUGAACGGCGAGAAGGAUACACUGAUAAAGCUGUUGUCAUAAGAUGUGUUAGAGAGGACCAAUCAGCAGUGUCACUGAGACUUUAUUAUCUUAGUAACGGAAGUGCCAGACUUGCCUUCUGGAUACAAGGAAGGGAAUACAUGCUUCCUGUUGGUGUUAUGCUAAAGGCAUUAGCUGACACCACAGACCAUGAAAUCUUUGCGUGCUUGACGUCUUGUUAUGAUGAUAAUUACGAUUGCGUAAAAGGCUCUGUUGGCUCCCAGCUUGUUGGAGAACGAGCAAAAAUUAUUCUUGAUGAGGUUCAGGACCUGUCUCUUUUUACUCAUAAACAGUGCCUGCAACACAUCGGGGAACACUUUCAACCUGUUAUGAUUGGACUGGAGAAUGAAAGUCCCUCUGUUGUUGCUGCUGCUGUUUUGAAGGACUACAUAUUUGUUCAUCUUGAUAACAAUCAUGACAAAUUCAACUUGCUCAUAUUUAUGGUGCAGAAGCUUUUUUCUCUGGUAGAUCAUACUUCUAUGCCAGACAAUCCAGAUUCUUUGCAAAAUCAUGAAGUUUUGUUGCCUGGUCACUUGAUCACCAUUUACCUCAAGGAAAAGCUACAAGAGUGGUUGCUCAAGACGAAAAAUCUCCUUCAAGAUGAAGCUAAUAACAGCAAUAAAUUUGACAUCAACAGCUUAGCUGACAUCAAGAAGCUUAUCGAAAAAAAUUCUCCUAAACAGAUCAGCUCAGCUAUUGAUAACAUGCUGAAGACCGGAACACUGCUUACCCAAUCUGGGCUGGAUUUGCAGCAGAGAGCUGGUAUGACAGUUCAGGCUGAGAGGCUAAAUUUUCUCCGAUUCCUUUCACACUUUCGAGCUGUACAUCGAGGCUCUUCAUUUGCUGGUCUUCGCACUACAACUGUGCGGAAACUGCUUCCUGAAUCCUGGGGUUUUCUCUGCCCUGUUCACACACCUGAUGGGGAGCCCUGUGGUUUACUGAACCAUAUGUCUUCUUCUUGCCGUAUCACUUCAUACUACGAUAACGAGGGAAAUGUCAGAGACUUCCUGAAAACUAGGAUGUCAAUUCUGAGUGUUCUUGUUGGUGUUGGAAUGACACCCUCGCUGCCAAAGCUUGUGCAGGCUGGUCCUCCUAAAGUUCUUUCUGUUCUUUUAGAUGGUCGUGUUGUUGGUUCAAUACCAUCUGACCUAGUUGAAAAGGCGGUCACACACAUGCGAAGAUUAAAAUUGUCAGCAACAGCACAGAUUCCUGAGGAUCUCGAGGUGGGAUAUGUUCCUUUGAGCAUGUGUGGGGCAUACCCUGGCUUAUUCCUGUUCACAUCUCCUUCAAGAUUUGUUCGUCCAGUCAGAAAUAUCUCGAUCCCUCCUGAAGAGGGCAACAAGUUUGAACUUAUCGGACCCUUUGAACAGGUCUAUAUGGAAAUAAGCUGUCCUGAUGGUGGAGGUGGUGGGAGGAAGAGUAUGUUUCCUGCAACUCAUGAAGAAAUUCACCCAACUGGGAUAUUGAGUGUUGUUGCUAAUCUUACACCUUGGUCAGAUCACAAUCAAAGCCCUCGUAAUAUGUACCAGUGUCAGAUGGGAAAACAAACCAUGGGAUUCCCUUCUCAAGCAUUACACAGUCGUGCUGAUCAAAAGCUUUAUCAUCUUCAGACUCCCCAAACACCUAUUGUACGCACAAAGGCAUAUGAAAAGUACCACAUUGAUGAGUUUCCAUUAGGAACAAAUGCUAUUGUGGCAGUUUUGGCUUAUUCAGGAUAUGAUAUGGAGGAUGCCAUGGUCUUGAAUAAAUCAUCUGUGGAACGUGGGAUGUUUCAUGGUCACAUAUAUCAGACAGAAACAAUAGACCUUACUGAACAGAGAAGCAAUUCUGGUCGUGGACAGAGAAUAUUUAGAAGAAGCAACCUAGACAAGUCAUCUCAGCAUCUGGUUGAUUCUGACGGUCUUCCAUAUGUUGGGCAGAGGAUAAAGCCAAAUGAACCAUACUGCAGCAUCUAUAAUGAGAUAACAAGUUCAACAUCAAGUACCAAGUUAAAAGGAUCUGAGUCCGUUGUUGUAGACUAUGUUGCUGUUGAUGUGAAAAACAAGAAUAACUUACAGAAGGUUAAUAUACGUUUCCGACGUCCCAGAAAUCCUAUAAUUGGUGAUAAAUUUAGCAGUAGACAUGGCCAGAAAGGUGUAUGCUCUCAACUCUGGCCAGAUAUUGAUAUGCCAUUCGCAGGACUCACUGGAAUGCGGCCAGAUCUUAUUAUCAACCCUCAUGCUUUUCCGUCAAGAAUGACAAUUGGGAUGCUUUUAGAAUCUAUUGCUGCUAAGGGUGGUGCCUUGCAUGGGAAAUUUAUGGAUGCAACUCCUUUUACGAGCUUGCUGAAGAAGGGAAAUGAAGGACAGGAGUCUGAAUCAAGUUCACUGGUUGAUGAACUUGGCUCAAUGUUGACUGCUUAUGGGUUCAACUACCAUGGUUCAGAAGUACUGUACAGUGGGGUUUAUGGAACUGAACUAACAUGUGAAAUAUUCAUUGGGCCUGUUUAUUAUCAACGACUCCGACAUAUGGUAUCUGAUAAAUUUCAGGUACGGUCUACUGGAACGGUAGAUCAAAUAACCAGACAACCUAUUAAAGGAAGGAAGCGUGGUGGGGGUAUCCGGUUUGGGGAAAUGGAAAGAGAUUCCCUUCUUGCCCAUGGUGCAGCAUAUCUGUUGCAUGACAGGCUUCAUAUUAGUUCUGAUCAUCACGUUGCUGAUGUGUGCUCUAUUUGCGGAAGCCUCUUGACAACAUCACUCAUCCCAACAAAGCAACGAGCAAUCCGCGAGAUCAUUGGUCUGCCACCCGGUAGGAUCCCCAAAAAAGUCAUGUGUGUUGCUUGCCAGACAAGUAAGGGAAUGGAGACAGUUGCAAUGCCUUAUGUCUUUCGAUACUUAGCAGCAGAGUUGGCAGCCAUGAAUAUCAAAAUGACCCUACAGUUGAGUAGUGGAGCAGAAGCUUAAUAACCAUUUGAUUGGAAAUUUGGCAACAAAACCUGCCUGAGUAAGACAGGUGGAAGUGUGCCAUCCAUAAUGCAGAAAGACUAAUCUCGAAAGUUUCCAAUCGGGCAAUAAGCUGGUGCGCACCAGGGGGUUUGUUGGUAGCGGCCUUUUGACAGCACACUACUGGGUUAUAGGCUGUCAGAGUUGAGAUGGCUUAUCUGUAAGAGCGGAUUUCUUCUUGUUUGUACUGCAACAUCUCAUUGUAUUGUAUUUAAUAAAAAUUAUCGCAUUGUAUUAUUUGCCUCAUUUGAGUAGGUUUAGCUAUUCAACCUUUGUUCCUUGGAUACUGAUUCCAAGUUUGUAAUAUGUUUGACAUGAUAGCUUUUCCAAUGAAAGAGCAAAAGGAGAUUUGAGAUAUUGUA